GACAUCUUCACAUCUGCUGUGAUAAAUUUUUGUUGUUGACUUUCGGUGGCAAAAAAUGUCAUUCCAAGACAAAAUAACGUCUCUUAUGUCCAGGCCAGGCCAAGAUCCUGUGCCCAAAGAUGAUGUACCAUGGUGGAUGAAAUUAGCAGGAAGAGGGGUGGGCACAGUAGGAGGAUUCAUUGCAAUGUUCUUGGGAGUCUGGGUUUGUGUAACAAUCAGCGCAUGGGGAAUUUUAGCUGGCUUAUGGCAAAUUGUGGCUGGAUUUAUUCUAAUAUGCUGUGAAGCCCCUUGUUGCUGUAUGUUUGUGGAACAUGUUCAGAGAUUAGCAGAUAUUCUUGAAUCCAGACCAUAUUGGAACAGAGCAGUGGCAUAUGUGGCGUUAGCCUUUCCACCUAUAGUUAUGUCUUUUGGACUCAGCACACUAUUUGGUAGUGGCCUUAUUUUCACUACUGGUGUCAUCUAUGGAAUGAUGGCAUUAGGAAGGAAAGCGUCGGCAGAAGAGAUGCGACAGACGGCUUCGUUAGAGGCCCCUUUGCCCAAUGCCAGCAUGCGUUCCAACCUAGUCUCAAACGCUCAGCCGAUCGCGUUUUCUGGGGCUCCGAUUCUGGACAGCAGCAAAGUCUGAUACACGUCUUCUUCUACCUUCAAAAAUCAUUCUGCCUCCCCCAAUCUCCCAAUUUUUCUCGUCUCUUCAUGUCCUUGACUCGUUAGUUUUAUAGGUUAUGUAUUUAUACUGAUGUAUAGUCACUGUAUAGCCAUGCCGGAAGUUAGUUUUUCUGCGAUGUUAGUUCAAAUUAGACAUUUUCCAGAUCAUGUCAACAUUGUCAACGGUUAUGAACUUGUAAAUAACAAAAAUCUACAUUCGAGGAUUCAAUAAAUCAUCAAAAAAAUGCAUAAAGCGUCUGCGAAAUAUCAGAUAAAAAAAAAGAUAACUCCAUAGGAUGUGAAAAUGAAUGAAUAUUUUCGGGUUCAUUCGCCAUUAUGUCAUUUAGUAUUGAAAACCUUGGACACAAGAAUCGUUCAUGCAAUGUUCUGUAGUAGAUUUCUUGCCUAGUCAACAUUGGGAUAGUGCAAAAUUCUAUUUGAAUUAACAUCAAGGAACAUACCAGAACCAAUGAAAAAUCGUGAGUUUUCAUUUAACGACCAUUUUCCACCGAUCUGACUGAUGAAAAUUUAUUUGUGAUUCAGUGAACAAACUGAUGAGUCAUCAAUUAUUUUAAAUGAUCAUUGUUAUGAUUCAUUCAAAUAUUUGAUACCCUAGUUCUUUAUUGUUUCUAUAGCCUCUAUAUAUUUUUUAUCAAUUCAUAUCAUUUUUAUGUAAUUAUUGUAUUGUGAUAUAAUUUAUACUAUUUAGUUUUAUGAUGUGCAGCAAUCCUGUGUACUUACAUCUUUCUGUACAUUAGGAUUUUUCCAUAGCAGUUUUCAGAUAAGGAAAUUCAUCAACUCUUGAGACUGUAGGUAUUUGGUUAUGUUUGCUCAAUAUUUUUUAGUAGGAGUUGAGCUAUAGGAGAAGCAGAUUAGUAAAUAAUAAAUAGUGGUAAUGUUUGAUUCGUAGAAAUCCACGUUGAUUUAGGAAAAUUAUAGCAUUCCAGUUAUUGUGGUCAUUUUACAUACAUUUUGGAAACAUUUGUUUUUGAUAGAGUAGUAGGUGGUAUUUUAACAUUUUAACUUGACAUAUCAUCUCAAACAAAAUGAUGUUGUUUACAGAAGUAGAAAUUAUAUACCGGUAUGACAAUAUUUCAAAAAGACAGUAGUACCUAAAUGGUUUUUCUCAUAAUUAACAAUAACGACAAAUAAUAUGUUCUCAAAAAAAUCAGUAGGUAAAUCAGAAAAAUUGAAUACCAAACAGUUAAUUCCCAUCCUAAUAUUCUUUGUCAUCUUCAAUAGCUUAAAAGUACUCAAUAUAAUAUAAUAAUAUGAAUUUAAUUUCUGCGACCAUUACUACGAUAUUUAAUGAUCAUCAUACAGGAUGUUACAACUCUGCAGACGGAUCUCUGGAUGGGAUAUGUUAUCAAAUAUUGGAAAGUAACAAUUAAAUGUAUAAAUCCUAUGACUGAAUAUAAGAUACAUAUUUUUGGAUGAAUAAAAUCUACGGUAUUU